AUGCGAACAGUAGAUUGGGAUAAAGAAGGACGCAUCCACAUUGUAGAAGUCAAGUCGAGGACCAGUGAAGCGAAACUAGCAAUUUUCAACAUCUGCGCUGUGAACGGAACUGGUAACGCCUAUUCUGACCCCUCAACCGGCGACAGAAUAGGCACGCGGCACGAUAGGAAACGCAAAUUUCAUACUCUGCUAAUGCGAGAAUGUAAGGAGCUGGAGACACAAGGAUGGGAUGUGUUGUUGGCAGGCGAUAUGAAUGUUGCCCUUGAUGAGCGUGAUGGACAUCCCAAGUUACGUAUCUUCCCACAGGCACACUUUAUCAAUCGAGCGGACUUCCAUUCUAAGCUGCUGAAUGGUAAUGGGAAGGGCAAGAAUGAUGGUUUUGGUGGUGUUGAUGUUUGGAGAAAGAUGCACGAAGAAGAGCGACGGUAUACGUAA